AGCUUAUUCCCUUUCACCCACGAAGUGCUUCUCCAGCUCUUGGCUUCCUUUUCAGAUCACGUCGCCUCUAAGGCCUUUGAUCCUUUCUCUCACGGUUUUGUUUCAAGCAUCUGUCUUGUUCUGGUCUCUGCCAGACGCCUGAUUCCUUACCUGACGCCUCCUCACGAUUGACUGUUAUGCUGUAGAACUUUGAAUGGGGACCUGAGGCCGCCUCGGGGCUUUGGGGGAGCCGCUGGGCAGUCAGCUUUGCAGGCAAAUCCGCUGAUGCUUUUGCCUUCGCUCCCACCUCGCACCGCGGUGGCCCAGGAGCCCUGGGCUGAGCCGUGUUAGGUGGUUCUCAGCCAGUGGUUGCUCUCCCAAAGCGGCCCCGAAAUCCCAAGCCCUUUUGUUGUUGCUGUUGGCCCCUGGGCCCUAUUUUUUCAGCUUUCCAGCGAUGUUUCUAGGGCUCCCCGUAUUUCUGAUGACUCCGUUAUAUUUCUAUUUUAUCUCGCAUGGCCAGUGUUCUGCUGUGGGAAGGUUUUUUGAGUUUGUGGACAGUUUCAGUGCUGGAAAUGGAAUUUGGCUCUGGCGCUCCUGAAUCCGUUCUGUGUGAUCCGGCUGGGGGCGGAGCGGGGGAGGAUGUGGGGCUUCCGUCUUGCUCGAGGCUGGAUGCUAGGUGGAAAACUUCCCCACCCAGUUCCACAGGCCCUUGGCCGCCGAGCAGAGAUGCCAGAGAUGACAGGCUAAUUCCUAGGAAUGUCCCAGGUCCGUCCAGCUUCCCUCCCCAUCUUUCUGCCAAGUCUUUUUGGGGGCGGCAGGGUUGCCCUGGCCUGUCGAUUUGACCCUGGGCCUCCCUGCCAUGCGACGGAGGGCUAAGGCCCUGGUGGCUAGGAGCAAGGACCUUGUGUGCGGCAGGAUCUGGCUUCCAGUGUGACUUUGGACAAGCGACAGUUGUCUGAGGUGGUCUCAGCAGGUGCCACAGUAACCACACCAGCAAGACGCGGACGGAGUUGGGGUCCGUCCCUAGCUCUUCUCACAUGAAAAGCCCGCAGCGGUUCCCGAACCCAUGUUUCUCUGCUCACCAGUGCAGGACGAAUUCCUGAGCAGGUGUUUUCUAGGGGGGCGGGGGGGGGUUGGCUGUUUCUGGAGCGAAGGCUCCCCCACUGUGGGUUUGUACCCCUCCCUGGCAGCCUGGGGUGGGGAACUGCAUCGCAUGCAUGCCCCCAGCCAUGGGUAAACAUGCUGGUUUCUGCUGUCCCCCACCCCCCCAGGGCUGCAGGCUCCUACCUGGGCUCCCACCCCGUCUGACCUCCGUGAGAUUGAGCAGCUUUUCAAGCACUACCCAGGUUCUGCGUACUUCCCAGGCCUCAAAGCAGGCUUGCAGGCUUGCCCGCCCAAGCUCCUCCCUCAGGCAGGUGUCCCACACUAAACGUGCCACCUGUCCUCAGAGCCUUGUGUGGGAAGGACCCGGGUUAGGCCCCUUUCACAGGCGAGGGAGGGCCUCCUUUCCCUGAGGCCACAGGGGCAUGGAAGUCACUGGAAAUAGCUGCUGCCUCUCAGAACCUGCGGGUGUAACCGCCCCUCCCGCCCUAAUGCUGGGAGGGGGCUGAGGUCCCUGGGGCCUCAGGUGGGCCUUCUAGAGACAGGAGUCCCUGCAGGGUGAGCUUCCUAGCCUCGUGUUCCGGUUCUUGGCUGUACCCCAGGCCUCUCCCUUUUCCUGUUUUGACGCCGGCUGGGGCGGGCCCGGAGACGGGAGCCCGGAGACAGGAGCGUGAAGCCUUAAUCCUCCAGGUGACAGCUUGGCUACCUGCUGACCUGUCCCCCCCCCCCCAAUCCUGCUCUACCUGGUGCACAGUGUGGGGACUCCAGACCCUGGGCACCCUGAGUGGGGAUGGGGUCCCACUGGUGGGCUCUCAGUGGCCCCUCCAACUUCUUUCCAGAAGCAGGUGGGGCAGGGGACCCCGUGGCCCGCCCUGAGUUCGGCUCUGGCCGCUGCAACACUCGUAAAUCAGGAGUGAAGGGGGUGUCGGAAACGGGUCUGCGGAAUGUCUGGAUGAGGCGGGGAGGGGGUGAACCUUAACUCUUGGAGACACAGCGAGUGGGGCAGAGGAACCAGUCGGAAGACACAGGACAGUGUGUGCUGCGGGACAUGGGGGUCAUCCUGUGGUUACAGCAGCGGCAACGAAGAGGUGAUUCCUCCCCCCACCCCCACCUCGGCCCUGCCCUGGCAGUGGGAUAAAUUGAGGGAGCAAGGCCUCCCCACCAUCAGGACCCACCUGUCACCAUGGGCACAGGACGCGUCCUGCUCUGCUCUCUGCUGAUCCUGUCCCUGCGGCUGGGCCUCACCGGGGGCCCUGGUGCUUGGGGGGCUCCAGUGGCAGAGGAAGAGCUCCGAGGGACCCCAAGGCUGCAGCUGGGGGCCCGCCCGCGCCGAGCCCUGGCCACCCCGUGCCAGCUGUGGAGCCUCUCUCUACCCGUGGCCGAGCUGGGUCUGGGCUACGCGUCGGAGGAGACAGUUGUCUUCCGCUACUGUGCAGGCAGCUGCCCCCGUGAUGCGCGCACCCAGCAUGGCCUGACGCUGGCCCACCUGCGGGGCCAGGGCCGAGCCCACGGUGGGCCCUGCUGCCGGCCCACCCGCUACACUGAUGUGGCCUUUCUUGACGACCACCACCGCUGGCAGUGGCUGCCCCAGCUCUCGGCAGCUGCCUGCAGCUGUGGUGCCUAAGGACGCCUGGCCUGGGGCCCCCCGAGGCUCCUGGAGGAGCUCUGCUGACUUAUUUAUUGGAGACCAGAGGGGAGGUGGGCCGGGCAAGGAGCAUAAUAAAGGAACUGCCUCCGC